UGUGAAAAGGCUUACAUCGAGUCAACGUUAUUUUCGUGCUGUCAGAUAGCGAGAGAUACGCUGAUAGAAAGCUGACAAUGUUGUGUUCUUGUUUCGUGGCGAUAAUCGCCAUCCUUUACAUUCUAUUCGAUGUAAAUUAUUUUAUGAGAAUUAUCCUCACCAUCUUUUGGGGCAGACUUUUCGAGAAGAAGAAGAAACUCUUCGAUACGACAACAAUUUAUGGAAUUUGCACCACUCAAGAUGUUGACUUGGUCUUGAAGCAUAUGAAUAAUGCACGAUAUUUGCGCGAGUUGGAUUUUGCGCGUUUUUAUUUUUACGAUAGAUCAGGAAUUUACGGUGCUAUUGUAAAAAAAGGUGGCGGUGCUGUUCAAGGUGCAUCCACAGUACGAUAUCGUCGUGCGAUUCCUAUCUUUACACCGUACAAGGUCACGACAAAGCUCAUUUACUGGGAGGAUAAACACUUUUAUAUAGAAAACCAGUUCAUCAGUCUCACGGACAAUUUUAUUCGCGCCGUUAUAUUGAGCAGACAAACUAUAACUGGCUUGAAGGUUCCGGUAGAGGAAAUAAUUGCCGAGAUCGAACCGGAAACACGCAGGCCGGAGCCUACCAAAGAGCUUCAAUUAUGGUUGGAGUCUAUGGAAGAAUCAUCUAAAAAUCUGAAGAAACAGAAAUAAGAAAAUGUUUUGUUUUUAAUGCGUAUUUUG